AUGACAUUCUCCUGUAAUACUAUGAACGUUCUGUCAUAUGGGCAGAUGAAAUUCUGCCAAUUGUACGAGGACCACAUGAUCGGGGUGGUGAAAGCAGCCCAGAUGGGUAUCGGAGAGUGCCAGCACCAGUUCAAGGACAGGAGGUGGAAUUGUACGGUCAUGCCCAAGGAGCCGUCUGUAUUUGGAAAGGUGGCUACCAGAGCAACCAGAGAAUCAGCGUUUUUACACGCGAUGAUGUCGGCAGGUGUGGUCCACUCAAUUAGUAGAAUGUGUAGGGACGGAGAACUGACUGGAUGCGGUUGUAGUAAGAAGAAGAGACCAAAGAAGGCCAUCAGACCCGAGUGGAUUUGGGGAGGUUGCGGAGACAACACGGACUACGGCUACAAGUUUUCGGGAGGUUUUGUGGAUGUGAUGGAGAAGGAGAAGAAUCAUCCAAGGAAGUCCCCAGGUCUGUCCAGGAUGCUGAUGAAUCUGCACAACAACGAAGUUGGAAGAAGGGCGGUAUACAGGCACGUAAAAAUAGGCUGCAAAUGUCACGGAACCUCAGGGUCGUGCAGCGUCAGGACGUGCUGGAACCAGCUUCCUUCAUUCAGACAGACUGGAGAUAGAUUGAGAGACAGAUACGACGCUGCUGCCCAAGUGACCUUUAACCCGCAGGGAACGAGACUCAUCCCAAUCAAUCGCAAGUUCAACCGACCAACGAAAGACGAUUUGAUCUUCACGGAACCUUCGCCGAACUUCUGCAAUCCCGAUCCGGAACGAGGAUCCCUGGGGACUUCCGGGCGCGUCUGCGAUAGACGAUCGCAAGGGACGAGUGGAUGUGGUUUGAUGUGUUGCGACCGGGGUUACAGAAGUUCAAAGGUUAAGUACGUUGAAAGAUGCAAGUGCAAGUUCCACUGGUGUUGUAAUGUCUCGUGCCAGACUUGUGAGAGGAGCAUGCACGUGCAUACAUGCAACUGA